CUAUAAAUCGAACAUAAAAUGAUUUCAAUACUCUCACUGGAGAAAUAUUAAAUGUAUUGAUGGCGACGGUUGUUUCUGCAUUUUUGCUGUGUCUGUGUGGGCUUAAAGUGGCCUCACAGUCCUGUGGCACCAAGACUGUUGGGAAUGCUGCGCCCGGCGGUUUCCAAGACAACCUUGACACUACUGCCACUGGAAUCGGGUAUCUAGCCAGCAGCUAUACGUUUGACUGUUGUGGAGUAAUUGACAAAUGGCAAGUUGUUAUCGGUGCUUUGGGCACAAUCAAGUUCCAAAUAUGGCGGCCAAAUGGAGCGAAUUACGAGCUUGUGGGCGAGAAUACUUACAUUUUUGGCACAGUGAGAUUUGUCUACCAAAUAUAUGAUUGGAAGAUACAGUAUACUGCCGGUAAAGACAUGAUACCGUACAACUCAGUAGCCGGAUCUGGUACCACACAGCUAACAAUGGCAGCGCCUUCUAUCGGCGGUUCCAAGGAUUGGACAGCGGGGAUAACUCUUGGUUUUCGAACCUAUGCAGUUAAUGCUCAAACUCUCGGCAAUUCCAAUCCGACGUUUUCAAACCUUGACCAGACCCUGACUUACGCCGACACGGACACCCCGCCCACCACACUUCUAACACUGACCUACAACGACGUGGAUCCAAAGGAUACUGUACUCACCGUCGCCAUGACGACAACGUCUUACGAGUUUCAAAUAAAUGCACUAGAUCAAGUGCAGCCCCAAACUGGACAGUGGACGGUUGGUUCAUACCCUUUGACCUUUACUGUAACUGACCAGUGCGGAAAUGUUGGAACCGGAACCCUCACCGUGGAGAUAACCAACUCCGCACCAGACAUGACAGCAAUGGUUACGUCGGCGAGUGUGAAGGAAGACGUGGUUGUCGAGACACACCUUGCAGAUCUGACUGUGACAGACUUCCAGACGUUCACGUGUACCUACACCGGCCCGCACCCAUUCAAUGUUCAGCCGAAGACGGCAGGGAGUACAACAUAUGCCUUAUUCCUGAACGGCGACCCAAACCUAAAAUACGAUACCCAAAAUCAAUAUACACUGACCAUCACGUGCAUGGACAACUUUGGCUUGUCCUCUACCAGGGACAUUGUGGUCAGCAUCACAGAAAAUGCUUCACCAUCAAUGGACAAUCUCCCAAGUGAGUAUUUAUGUUGA